UGCCCAGUUCAGUGUUGGUAGGGGCAGGGUUGAGUGUGCCAUCAUCCACUUCGGCGCCCCUUGGUACUAGCGCGCCUCCUUCGGGCGAACCACGGACACCGUAUAGCCAGCCAUCUCUCUAUCUCUCCGUCUUUCCUCUCUCUGUUUCUCUCUUUCUUCCUCUCUGUCUCGCAUCUGUCUCACGAGGAAAAAAGUAAGGUAUAUCAACGAACGUAACUACUGCUACCUGUUCAGUCGUGAGCGCAAUUCGCACCGUAACAGUAGUGUUGAGACAAUACGCUCUCUCGGGGACUGACUGGUUUGUUUACAAACUCCGGGCAUCGCGAGAUGAACUCAUUCCAUUUCAGAAACUACCGCAAAGUGUGAGACUUGUUGUUCUACCAUGAUCUACGAAUACUGCUUGCUGCUGCGGCUGCUGCUAACUAUGUACACUGAUAUAGUUGCGACAACAACGUGAGAUUCGCGCGCGACUGGUAAGAAACGAUCUGACGCAGAUCUGACGCCGAUGUGAGUCGUGACGUAAACUCGGCUCCCGGACUGAACUGCGCUGUGUUAAAACGUUCGAGCCUUGAAAAACGCACGCGAGAAGACGUCAAGGAAGAGGAAGAGGAAUAGGAGGAAGAGGCAGAAUAAGAAGACGUUAAGAGGAUAAGUUCCCAAGGUUCCUCUUGCCCUCGCGAGUCGAAGAAAAAAUGUUCUAUUGACGCCCUCCCGCAGGAACCUCGCUAUAAUGAAGACCUUCAGCUGGAUGAAGCAGAUGUGGACGCUGACCCUCUGCUGUAUACUGAGUGUCUCAGCUGGAUCGCUUCCAUCAGUGCGACAACCUAGGGCAGUGCUUGGUAAGGACCUACCACAGCUGGCACGAGGCUCAGCAGGAGGCGGAAGGGCUAAAGCAUCCUACGACAAAUGUUCUCAUCCAUUCCAUUCGUGGCUGUGCCCUCAGAGCCGGCCCCAGGCCAGCGCUAUCUUCCCUUCAGUUGUGAGUCCACCGACGGUACCGCCGCAACCUCCAUCCCUGCCAUCUUUCAUCCCUACUCCCUCAAACAGAGGAGGUGGGGACCUGUUUCCUGAUGCUGCACCUUCAGAUGGAGGGAAUUUUGAUGCUCUACCUUUUCCAACUUCAACUAAUCCCCCAAGGCCACCAACAGUGCCACCUUUCACCACCACACCUCCUCCUAGGGAAGGCAGUGAGCUGUUUCCCGACUCAGCGCCUUCAAACCAAGGGGGUGCUGAUUCCUUACCUUUCCCUGGCCCACCUAAUCCACCUAGACCUCCAACAACCCCAGUACCACUAUCAACUACCCCUUAUGAUAAGUGUUCCCAUCCUUUUCAUUCUUGGCUAUGUCAGAAGGCACCAAAACCCAGAACUACAACCCCUCCGCCACCAAAGUCUGGAAAAGAUAUAUUUCCCGAUGCAUCUUUUAAUGAUGGGGUUGAAUCUUUACCAGAUCCCCUUCCCUUACCAUCCUCCACCACACCUCCCCCUCCACCACCUCCUACUACUCCUAGAGUCUAUGAUAAGUGCUCUCAUCCAUUCCAUUCUUGGCUGUGUAGGGGACCUCCUCAACCAAGAACAACUCCACUUCCUAGACCUCGUCCACCACCCACAACCACACCUGAUCCUGCUGGGUCUGGGGUGUUCCCAGAUGCUUCUAAUCAGCAACCUGGAUCUGAGUUGUUCCCUGAUGCACAACCAUUUCCACAGACCACAAUUCCUCCCCCUCCACCUUCUACUACUCCCUUUGACAUUUGCAGUAAUCCAUUUACAGCAUGGAUGUGUCAGAAACCUACAAAUAUUCUACCACCUCCUACCACUGAAGACCCAUCUGCUUCAGGAGGUUUGCUUGAUGCAGAACCCGCGAACAGACCUAAACAGGUUCAGCUUCCAUUCCCUAUCAGUCAACCACCACCCCCUUCAACACCCAAACCUUCAUGGGAAGGAGCUGAUCCGUGCUUCCAUGCCUUCCACUCAUGGCUUUGUAAACCACCUCGAUCUAGACGUCCGACAGUCCCUCCAACAACAAGACCUCCACCACCUCCUCCUCCUCCAAUUAUUCUACCAACAACUGCAGCACCUGCACAAGGAAAGUUGUUAGACCCUGAAGCCUCAUUCCAAGAACCUGACUCUGUUCCAUUUCCAGAUAACUCCCUAACCACAUCAACAACUGUGAAACCUCCACCACCACCUACUACUCCUCCCCUACCUCCACCUCGUACUCCUCCCCCACCUCCACCUUUAACAACUACACCACCAGCAGAUGGAGGUUUGGCAGAUUCUGGACCGGAGGCACUUCCAGACCCCAUAGACUCCCCUGAACCUCAGCCUGAACCAGAACCAACACUAGACGAUAUUUGCAGUCACCCAUUCCACAGUUUCUUGUGCCAGAAAACUAAACCUCGAAAAGCAUGGUCAAAACCCUCUUCACCAAGACUACCCAUAACUACUACCCCAAGGCCCCCUCCACCACCACCAGCUGAUGAAGAGCCGGCAGCUUCAUUUUUGGAUCCAGAUUCACAGCCUAGUCCUCAAGAUGGAGAAGGAGAUUUUGCUGAUCCUAUACCAGCGCCCUCUACAACUCCCGCACCAAAAUAUGACAAAUGUAAUCAUCCAUUUCAUUCAUGGCUCUGUGAUGCAGCACAAGGAAAUCUGAGAAUUAGGACAUCCGUACCUGAUUCGGACGGAUUCCUCCUAGGUACAAAUAAUUUACCCAGCAUUCAAAAUCUACCAUUGGAAGGCCACAAUUUCCAAGGAAGACUCUCAAGCAACAAAGCCAAAUCAAUUAAUUCUGCAUCAAAUUUCAACUCUGGAGGAUCAAGAAAUACAAAAGAUUCAAGAUCAAGAGAUUCUGCUGCUUCACAGUUUGUUCCUACACUUCCACCAAUAUCAAAGAUUCCCACAGUACCUACUGUUCCUACAGUUCCUUUUCACAGCGGAGGGGUAACAAAUUCACCAGAUUCUAUACCCACAGUACCUUUCAUUCCAACUGUCCCAACAGUACCUACAGUUCCAACAGUUCCAGGAGACCCUUUUGAUUUCUUUGUAGAUCAUCGUGUUGCUGUAGGGUCUGCUCCUAUUCCAUCAUUCAGUUUGCCCAAUUAUGUACCUUCAGCAAAAUCCAAAGAGAGAACUGAAACACAAGGUAAAGGUGCUUAUUCAUCACAUUACGAAGACUACCCUUUCUCAAAUGAUUACCCUGCUCUUUUUGUUGCUUCAUCAUCUUCUGUUCUUACAGAUCAAGAGGAGGAGUACCAUGAUCCUCUGAUACAAUUCGAACCCUAUCCACCAUCUUCAUCAUUGCCUUAUCCUGCUCAUCUCAACCCAGAUCCUUCGCAUCGAUUACCACCAGGUUUUCCUCGCCCAACGCUUCCACCAAUUCCGUCCACAUCCCCCAAGAAUUCAGAUUCAACCACUACCAUUUCUCCCAUUUCAAGUCCACCUCCAUAUCCCCCAGAACCAUUUCCACUUGAUGAGGAGUUUUUAAUUAAUUCCACUGAGACUCACUUUUCAUUAUCAUCGCCUACAACCACAAAUAUUUCUACAUCUCAUCCAAGUACUAUUAGUUCACUUUCAUCUUUUCUUGAACCAUCAUCAUCCUCUCAACUUCCAAAUGAGGACAGUUUAUCUUCCACAUCUACUGCCAAACACAUUCCUUCAGCUGUUGAGUCACAGUCAUCUUGGUCAAACACAUCAACUGAAAUAACUUUAAGCACAGCUUCCCCUUCAUCAUCUACAGACGAUAUACCCUUUGAAAUGACGUCACAAGACUUGAUUUCUAGUGCUUCAGCACCAUCCUCUUCAUCAGAGUUCACCUUUAAGAGAAACCCCUCCCGUCCACUUGAGCUUGAAGAUAGUUCAAAACUGCAAGACUGGAUUUCUAGCGUUUCAUCGCCAUCCUAUUCAUUAGAAUCAACUUUUCAGACAACUCCCUCCCCUUCACUUGAGCCUGAAGCUAGUUCAACGUCAUAUGGCUUGAUAUCUAGUGCUUUAACACCAUCCCCUUCAUUAGAGGUCACCUUUAAGACAACCUCGUCCCCUCCACUUCAGCUUGAAGGUAGUUCUUCUCCUGAACCUUCAUUACUAAGUUCCAUUCAUUCUCAUAAUUCCCAUCACUCAGUAUCAUCUUCCUUACCAAUCCCACCUGUUCCUCGAACUAGAAUUCCCCACAGAGGUCGUCCUCGUACACCAUCAUCAUCUUUUCCCAUCCUCUCUCAUCCUCCACCCCUGCAUCCUCCUCCACUUCCCCGCAUUACCGAUUUGCCUCCUCCACCUCCACCCCCUCCCCCUCCUCCACCACCACCACCAAGGUCUAGUGGGAGGUCAGUAUCAAGACAGAAAAGCAGGCAGAGAGGAUCACAGUCGGUACCACGACGUCAUUUACAGCCGCCACCACUGCCUCAGUCGCCAUUCCUCUCUUCUGAAGGCGUUGGUGGCUUUUCAACAGGCGACGCCCCUCUGGAGGCCUCUGGCUCUGCGCACUCUGUGGUGACUCUUAGCUUUCCAGAACAUCAUGUGCCCCCGGAAGCAUUCGCCUGGGAGUCUCAGGCCUGGGAGUCCCAGAGAACUGAACCGAGGAAAAAAUACUUCUAGAAUUCGUCGACGUCAGUUGUCAGUGAAAUUGUUGAGUGAUAUGAAUUUCCUCAGUCAAGAGCAAAUUCGUGAGAACUCAUGUAUUUUUAUACUAUAGGUCUUCCCACUGUGAUGAUAUUAUUGCCUGAAAUUAUAAUGAAAUAAGAGACACUUCAAGUGAAUUGUGCCUAGUUCACUGAAAGCAAGUUAUCAGAACAAAGUCCUAAGUGAAGAAAUAGACUUCCAUCAUAAAAGGGCAUAGAAUUUUAAAAAGGGUGACCUGCUUCAAUCUUGUGCAUUUAUUUAAAGUAAGCAUAUUCACUAGUGUAUCAAGUCCGGGCUGGUCUCGGACACAUCUAUAGCUUUGACGUAGGUUUAGUAUGAGUAGAUUAGUUUUAUAGAAUCCCAGCAUCGAUCCCUGCAUUUAGGCUGUUAUUGUGAGCUUAGCACCAAACUAUUCCGUUGUGCUUUGCAUUUUACCAGUGAAGAAUGUUAAAAUAUUUUCCAUUUUUGUUGGCAGUCAUGUGAUGGGUUUUUUUGGAAGCUUUCAAUUGGCAGUCCUGUGAUGUAUGUUUUUUUUUAGAAGCCUUUCAAGUAUAAUUGAUAUAUCCCAUACCCCACAUACGCAUUUUCCCUCUUUUUCUAAUACGUAAUGUCCUUGGUUUCCCAAAUGUAUCUAUUCUAACUGCCUCAUUUACAUUUUCGAAUAGACACAACAUUUCACAGUCAAAACUCAUAACAUGUACUCAUUUUCUCUCACUUGAGCAAAUAUUUGCUGAUGGUGACUACUGUAUUUACACGUAAGCCGGUGUCUGACACCCGUCAAAUUCUCAUUGAAGUCCACCAUUCAACAACAGCGCCUCACAACACCCAACCUACUGUUCCCUCAGACGUCUAAUUUCUCCAGGUCAUACAUAGCGUCCAACUUUAUCCGAGUGGUAAGAGAGGGCGCCCGAAUUCAAUUCCUUGCAUAAUUGCGUAUCUCCUGGACCCUGGGCGGAGCUGGCCUUCGCUCAGAGGGGAGAAACCCUUAGCUGGAUGGUAGUAAUGACAACCAGAGAUAACACAGUUUCAUCUCUGCUUCUCGCAGAGACGGUCAUUUUCGGGACCAGUUACACGAAAAUUCCCCAUUAGGGCAGCCUCGUAUUUCAUGGUAACUCUGCAGGGCACGUCGCCCCCUACUCCCCCCUUAACCGUAUAUUUACCAGCGGUCAUUCGGCGGCGCCUUCUCUCUCAGCCUGUUACAGUCUAACCUGGAUUCUGGUCGAUUACGACGCCGUUUGUUAUUCCGUUCCGAAAUGGAUGUUCUUACUCUUCUCCUGUUCAGUUUUUUUUAAUAAUAAUAAUAAUAAUAAUAAUAAUAAUAAUAAUAAUAAUAAUAAUAAUAAUAAUAAUAGAAUAUUUAUAAUAAUUCACAAGGAAAUUCUGUUGCAUGAAGUGCACUAAGCACCAUCCCGUAUGAACAUCAGUUGUGCUAUUCUUGAUUAUAUAUGGACUGACAAACAUUGAAAUCAGCGUAAUUUGCACUGACGCAUAAUGUCUACAGUUUUUUUAUCGCUAUGGUGUGCAGUAGUCAUCUGUUCUCCCAAAUAUUUACUUCGACACGAGAAAACGUUACAAAAAUGUCCUGAAGUUCAAACAACACAUCAUGAAAUCUAGAACCUUCAAACGACAGCAACAAAACAUUAAACAAGCUCCUAGAAAACUUAGAUCCAUGGACCAUCAUGUACCAGUAUCGACUACUGAAACGAAACUGAAGAGAAGGUAAUAAGUUCUUCUUCAUCUUCUUCUUCUUCUUCUUCCAUCAUAAUACCAGAAUCGAGUAUCGCCUACGGGAUCAGAUCCAGUCAACCUUUCUUGCGUCCGACAUUAUUUUAUUAGCGUGCGGUAUGUCAAGGGUUCCCGGUGGCUCUGGUGGCAGAUUCUUUUUAAAUAUUACAAGUCGAGUACAUUAAAAUAAAUGUACUGCCCGUGUUGAACAUGAGGACGCGUCACGUGUUCAUGUGAGAAAAACAUCAGUUAUCAAAAUGACUUGGGGUUGCUUUGCAGGAAGUUUUUUUGCAGUUUGCGACGAGUCAAAUAAUUGUAGUCUACAUCAUGAGAAGCAGGGCUCCUACAAUUUCAUAUUACAAGACCGGAGGGGUGAGAAAAAAAUGAUGCAAUGUACAUCCAGAACAUGACGAUACUUUUCUCCUAAUAUGAGAAAAAUAUGGUUAUAGACUUUAUUUCCUUUUAUCAUUAGGUUCUUGCAGCUUGGCCACCUUCAACAAAAAUCAUUUAUAUGAUUCUUCAAUGGAACUUUAUACUUUUCUGCAAUCUUCCGAUUAGAUCUCAUAAUUGAUUAUGUUCGUAACAGAGGAGAAUUUUGUUCACAUUGCCUGUUACUUGUUGUCCUUCGUAAUCAUCUGUUACUCUCAUACUUCGUGUUGUUUUUUCAAUGAUGUAUUCAUUUCCCUUUGUCUUUGAUGUUAUCUGUUCCUUAACUUUAGUAUUUCCGGAUACCUGUUGAAAGUCCUUGGAUACAUGAUGACGCCCUCGGAUACCUGCUGAAAGUCCUUGGAUACAUGUUGUUUUCCUCAUAUACCAGUCGAUUGUUCUUACGUACUUGCUGUUUACCUUGGAUACAUGUUGGCACCCAUAGAUGCCUUUUGAAUCUCCUCGGAUACAUGUCCCCCUCAUACCUGUCGACUGUCGUUGCACACAGGCUGAUUACCUUGGAUACAUGUUGGCCUCCUUGGAUACAUAUUUCUUACCUUAGAUACAUGUUGUCCUCCUUGGACGAAGUUGACCCCCUUGGAUACAUGUUGACUUCCUUUGAUAUAUGUUGACCCCAUUGAAUACAUGUUGACCUCCUUGAAUACAUGUAGGCCUCCUUGGAUACAUGUUGAUCUCCUUAGACGAAGCUGAUCACAUUGGAUACAUGUUGACCUCCUUGGACGAAGUUGAUCCCCUGAUACAUGUUGACCUCCUUGGACGAUGCCGAGUCACCCCCUUGGAUACAUGUUCUCACUGGGUAUUUGCUGAAUCUCCUUAGAUACAUUCCAUUAUCUUUGGCCAGGUAUCAAAUCCCAUGGGAUACGUGCUGCUCUCCAUGGAUACAUGCACUGUCCUCUUUAGAAACCUGUUGUUUUCCCUCUUAAGUCUAAAGCUCCUCCCACCCAUCCACUCACUUUACUUUUGAAUGUCUCCUGUUUAGUGAUAUGUUCUUCACUGUUGUUUUUAGGUGUUCCCUUCUGCGUUCGGAUUUUACGCUUCAAUUAUGACCUCAUUGAUUUAUGGUUUUUUGAGCCAAGUGUAUCUGUCUCCAUCCCUGGCGUAUGUCUGUUCAUAGGCUGUUAUUGGAGAGCUAUGUAAAUUGACAUGAGAUUCUAUUUGAUCUGUGUCUACAGUGUAUUUGUAUAUAUAUAUA